UACUAUGAGAGGUCUUAUUAGGGGAGUCUGGAGAAGUUUGUCUAUCUGGAGCCAUUUAGGAGGAAGGCUGCUGGAAGGAAGAUCAAUUUUUUUUGAUCUUCUGUUUUUUCAGAUACUCUUUGAUCUCACCAACAAGCUGUCAGUAUGCCCACUGAUGCCCAGACUGAUGCCCGCUCUUUCCUGAGUGAGGACAUGAUUGCUGAGUUCAAGGCUGCCUUCGACAUGUUCGACACUGAUGGUGGUGGUGAUAUCAGCACCAAGGAGUUGGGUACCGUCAUGAGGAUGUUGGGUCAGAACCCAACCAGAGAGGAGCUGGAUGCCAUCAUUGAAGAAGUAGAUGAAGAUGGCAGUGGCACUAUCGACUUUGAGGAGUUCUUGGUCAUGAUGGUGCAGCAGUUAAAGGAAGACCAGGCUGGCAAGAGCGAGGAGGAGCUAUCGGAAUGCUUCCGUGUCUUUGACAAGAACCAAGAUGGUUUCAUAGAUCGUGAGGAGUUUGGAAAUAUCAUGCAUGCCACUGGAGAGCCAGUGACAGAGGAAGAUAUAGAUGAACUCAUGGCAGAUGCGGACACAAACAAAGAUGGAAAGAUUGAUUUUGAUGAGUUUCUGAAAAUGAUGGAGAAUGUCCAGUAAAAAAAAUCAAAUAGAUUCAACCCACCAAAAGUGGGACUAAGCAGAGGACAACCCAUGCCAAAUCCUGCAUAAGAAAAGAGUAUCGAGGAGCACAACCACCCAGUUUUAACAGUAAGAGUGGACUGGAAUUGGCUUCGAAAGACAGAGAAUAUGGUGGAUGUGUAGUCUCCUUGGCAAAGCCCCUCAGUGACUGGACUUUGAAUAUGUCUAUAAAUAACCAUCCAUACCUUUUAAGAGGAAGCCACUAACCCUAUAGUCCCACCCACCAUGAUUUGCCCCCAGCUGUCCACAACUGCACCUGCUCCCUCCCAAGACAUUAUCCCAGCUUCUUUUAACCCCCUUCACUUCGUCCCCACCCAUGAAGUGUUUCAAAAUAUCCCUGCAUUAUUAUUUUUCUCAGAAACAGUUGACAUAAUGUUGUGUUGUCAUGGCAAUAAGAAAUCUCCUCUUUUCUUUAGCUCACAUGUCAGCAGCAUAUACCUAUUAAAAAGAAAGAGCAUGAGGUUUUGGCCAAGCUACUCAUUAUUUGUGCUAAUUUCAAUUGAUUUUGAAUAAAAAUUAGAUAUGGUC